AUGCCUCUGCCAGCAGACACCUCAGCACCAGGAGGGCCCUCUGGAUCCUCGUCGGCGACCCCCACCGACACCGUCGACAAGCUUGUCCCCAAGCUUGAGCAGCUCGGCAAUGAUGACGAGGAGGACGGCGACGACGCGUCUGAUGACGAGGCCGACGACGUGAACGACGCCGGCGCACCGGGUGCCGGCGGUGAUGCGGCCGCCAAGAAGAAGAAGAACAAGAAGAAGAAGAAAAAGUCCAAGGGCAAGGCUGCCGACACUGCCCCUGUCGACCCUCAGCAGGAUCUCAUCAACGUUGUGCGCGAUAACAUGGCCGCCGGUGACUCCAAUCGCGUGUCUAAUGACGACAUUCGCAAGGCACUGCAGGCCAUGGAUCUCAUGAAGUUGCUCGAGGCCCAGGGCAACCCGUCCAACAGCAAGGCGUUGGGCGAGCACAAGUUCUGGAAGACCCAGCCUGUCCCCCAGACCGAGGGCAGCGAGUACAAGGAGGGACCUAUCGAUGAGCCCAAGACUCCGGCAGAUGUCCGCCAGGAGCCCCUGGCUCUCCCCGCCGGCUUUGUGUGGAGCACCAUGGACGUUAAGAAUGAGGAGCAGAUGCUUGAGGUUCACACACUCCUGACGGAGAACUAUGUCGAGGACGACGACGCCAUGUUUCGCUUCCGCUAUACCAAGGAGUUCCUUCUCUGGGCUCUUACCCCUCCCGGAUACGAGGAGGAGUGGCACAUUGGUGUCCGUGUGCAGAAGACUGGCAAGCUUGUCGGCUUCAUUUCGGGUAUCAAGAUUGAAAUCCGCGCGCGCGAGAAAACCUUUGACUCUGCUGAGAUCAACUUCCUCUGUGUGCACAAGAAGCUGCGGUCCAAGCGCCUGGCUCCCGUGCUCAUCAAGGAGGUCACUCGUCGUGUCAACCUGACCAACAUCUGGCAGGCCAUCUACACCGCCGGUGUCGUUAUCCCCACCCCCUUUGCCACUUGCCGCUACUACCACCGUAACCUUAACCCUCCCAAGCUCGUCGACAUUGGCUUCUCCCCUCUGCCCCGUGGUCAGACCAUUGCCCGUCUUGUCCGCCAGUACGCCGUCGGCACUGCCACUUCGACCCCUGGCUUCCGCGAGAUGGUUGCCGACGACGUGCCCCAGGUCGCCACGCUGCUGCGCCGCUACCUCGCCCGCUUCCCCAUCAUGCAGACCUUUAGCAAGGACGAGGACGUCAUGCACUGGUUCAUCUCGGGUCUCGGCCGCGAGGAGAAUGGCAAGCGUGUCGAGCAGGUUGUCUGGGCCUAUGUUGUUGAGGACCCCACGACCCACGAGAUCACCGACAUGGUCUCUUUCUACUGUCUCCCGUCCACCAUCAUGCAGCACCCCAAGCACGAUGUCCUGAAUGCCGCAUACAUGUACUACUACGCUUCCGAUGUUGUCUUCUCGGCUGGUGGUUCGGGCGAGGACAGCGACCAGCACAAGGUCAAGGUCGAGGAGCGUCUCAACGCCCUUAUCCGUGACCUUAUGGUUAUGGCGCAGACGAACGGCUUUGACGUUCUCAACGCGCUCACCCUCAUGGACAACAACAUGUUCCUUAACCAGCAACAGUUCGGUCCCGGUGACGGUUAUCUCGUAUGUAUUGUAACCAACCCUGAUGAGCCUGCUAACCACGACUAUUUGCACUAUCUUUACAACUGGUCCACUGCACCUAUUGAUGGCGGUCUCAACACGACCGCGAAGAGGGAGGGCUCUGGUGUGGGCGUUGUUAUGCUUUAG